UCAAUUUGGAUUUGGUGCGUUGCGUACUACGAUCUAAAAAUCUACGAUGGCUUCUUGAUCUUACUGCUCUUCGAUUUUAGUUCCGAUCGACACUUGUCUGUCUCUCCGCCAUGGCCGCUCCUUUCUUCUCAACUCCUUUCCAACCUUAUGUUUAUCAGAGUCCACAAGAAGCUAUGAUACCUUUCCAGAUUUUGGGUGGAGAAGCUCAGAUAGUUCAGAUUAUGUUGAAGCCACAAGAAAAAGUUAUUGCAAAGCCUGGUUCCAUGUGUUACAUGUCUGGGUCCAUACAAAUGGAGAAUGUUUACAACCCCGAAAAUGAAGCAGGUAUGUGGCAAUGGCCAUUUGGCAAGAGUAUGACUAGCAUAGUUCUUCUCAAUACCGGUUCAAGUGAUGGAUUUGUCGGAAUUGCUGCUCCUUCUUUAGCCAGAAUUCUCCCGAUUGAUUUAGCAAUGUUUGGUGGUGAACUAUUGUGCCAGCCAGAUGCAUUCCUUUGCUCCAUCAACGAUGUGAAAGUCACUAAUACAGUAGAUCUCAGGGCACGUAACAUUGUUGCCGGUGCAGAGGGAUUCUUGAGACAGAAACUAUCUGGUCAGGGACUUGCAUUCAUAGUUGCUGGUGGAUGUGUUGCACAGAAAAAUCUCGAUGUGGGUGAAGUACUUGCUGUGGAUGUUUCCUGCAUUGUUGCCUUAUCAGCAAUGGUCAACGUCCAAGUCAAAUACAAUGGUCCCAUGAGAAGGGUGGUCUUUGGGGUAAUUAGCUUCCAUUUAUUUUAUUUUAUUAACAUUUAUAUGCUGCUCUUUUAUUUUUAUUUCUUCUUGCUUGUUUGUUUCUUGGAUUUGCACUCUUAUAUAGCUACUUCAAUAAAAAAAAUGCAUAGGCAGUUUUUGAAAUAAAUGUUUAUUCAUUUUAAUUAUAAAUUGUAAUUAGUUAAAUAAGGAUGUAAUCAACUGCCAUCUUCAAAUUUCUAAU